AGACAGGCUGGACUGUCACUGGGAGAGGUUCACUAUGAUUGGGAGGUGGCGUGUUUGCUCUCGUGCUGUAGCCCCGUGCUGCUCUUCUUGGGCCCUGUAUGGUGAUGGUGGAGUGAUGGUUCCAGCCAGGGGCUGCCAAAGUGCCAGUGUGCCCAUGGUGAGACAGGGCACUAAACCAGACAGCAGCCUGGGUAUCCGCUCAUUCGAUGAGAUACCUGGACUGUGGAAGAACAGUGUAGCCAACCUCUACAGAUUCUGGAAACAAGACGGAUUCCGGAAUGUUCAUCGUAUCAUGCUCAACAACUUCAAAACCUUUGGACCCAUUUACCGAGAGAAAAUUGGGUUCUAUGAAAGUGUGAACAUCAUCAAGCCAGAAGAUGCAGCCAUUCUUUUCCAGGCAGAAGGACAUUACCCCAAGAGACUGAUGAUCGAGGCAUGGAUCGCCUACAGAGACUACAGGAACCACAACUAUGGAGUCAUUCUGAAGGAUGGGGAAGACUGGAAGUCCACUCGAUUGGUCCUAAACAAGCAAGUAAUCGCUCCACAGGUUCAGGAGAACUUUGUUCCUCUGUUGGACGAGGUGGGACAGGACUUUAUGGCACGAAUCCAAGGAAAGAUUGAGAAGAGUGGAAACAACAAAUGGACAGUUGAUCUCUCCAAUGAGCUGUUCAAAUACGCACUGGAAUCUGUGAGCUCUGUGCUAUAUGGGGAACGAUUGGGACUGCUGCAUGACCACAUAGAGCCAGAGGCUCAGCAUUUCAUUGACUGCAUCUCCCUGAUGUUCAAGACCACCUCUCCUAUGUUGUACAUACCCCCUUGGCUGCUGCGCCGCUUGGGGGCCAGGGUAUGGAAGGACCACGUGAAGGCCUGGGAUGGCAUCUUCAACCAAGCGGAUCGCUGUAUCCAGAAUAUGUUCAGACGGUUAAAACAGGAGUCAGGUGGUGAGGGGAGAUACCCCGGGGUGCUGACCAUCCUAAUGCUCCAGGGCACGCUGUCUAUUGCGGACAUCAAGGCCAGCGUUACUGAACUGAUGGCUGGGGGCGUGGAUACGACCUCCAUCACCCUGCUGUGGACUCUGUAUGAGCUGGCCAGACAGCCUGAGCUACAGGAGGAGCUUCGGGCAGAGAUCGCUGCAGCACGGGCAGCCUCGCAGGGAGACGUAAUGGAGGUGCUGAAGAUGGUGCCCCUGGUCAAAGCCACCCUGAAGGAAACACUGAGGUUGCAUCCUAUUGCUGUGAAUUUGCAAAGGUACAUAACUGAGGAUGUAGUGAUUCAGAACUACCACAUUCCAUCUGGGACCCUGGUCCAGCUGGGCCUUUAUGCCAUGGGCCGCGACCCCCAGGUCUUCCAGCGGCCGGAGCAGUACAUGCCCUCACGCUGGCUGCAGAGGAACACCCGCUACUUCAGGAGCCUGGGGUUUGGUUUCGGGCCCAGACAGUGCCUCGGCCGCAGGAUAGCGGAAACGGAGAUGCAGCUCUUCCUCAUACACAUGCUGGAGAAAUUCAGGGUAGAAAAUCAGGGGCAGAUGGACACAAGGAGCACCUUCGAGCUCAUUAUUCUCCCAGAGAAACCCAUUGUGUUGACCAUAAGACCUCUGUGACCUCAGUCAAAUGGGAGGUAAUGGAGUGUUGCCAAGGAGAGCAUAUAGAGAUGUGAAUCUCCAUGUUGUCUACCAUACAUACCUGACAUUUGCAUAGCGACUAAAUUAAAGGGACUAAAACCUAAAUGACCUGACCCCCCCCCCUCCCCCCAAACAAUUUUUUUUCUUUUACAUUACACAUUUCAAGUAUGUUUGGUGAAAUGAAUCACAGUUCCCAAGAUCAGUUGGUCAUUUUUUAAUCAUAUAAUUUCUUUAUAAAAAAUAUUUCUAAAAAAUGUUUUAUUUAUUUUUAUAAGACAAUUCUCCUUAACAUUUUAGCCAUUGUUUUUGUCCAUUUCAGUCGGACUUCAAGCAUCUGCAGAGGAAAUUCAAGACAUUUGAAAAAGAGAAAAUUGAAUUGCCCUCUUAGCAGUUUACUCAUAUUUUCCAGAAUAGGUUUUUUAGAAGGCAAUAAAAAAUUGAUUGUUAAUUUUGAAUACAGAUACAAAAAGAUGACAAGAGGGCAUAUUUGAGUGUUUCAGUUAAUCUGUAAAAGGCAUUCAGAACAAUUUAUAAUAAUCAUUAUUUUUUUUAAUGUUCUUUUGUCAAAUUUUGACAAAAUUAUAUGCCUUUAAUACUUUAAAGAAGAAAACUUUGUUGCUGCUACAUUGUCACCCCUCACCCCUUAUAUCACUAAUCUUUUAUAGCAUCACUUCAUGUUUUAUGUGAAGUUAUGUGUCACUUACAAACGCUGAGUUGUACCUACCGUUGCAAAAUAUUGAUCUGAUGUGAUGACACAAAUAAAUGUUUAUUUUUAUUAAUUAAAAUAAAUGUCAAUUUUACCUUCAAA